CAUCACGGUUUGUUUUACCCUCGCCUGUUCUGUGCUUGCUGUAAGUACGACUCUCCGCAUGAGGGCCUGAGCAGCAUCAGGCUCUGAGUUUCAUGACUCGGGAUGCUGUGUCGUACGGUGAACGGUACCGCUGAGCUCGUUGACUUUCUGACCUUCGAAGGUACCACCCCAGGUGAUCGGUUCAAGGGCGACAUGCAGCAACUGUGCGUUGACAGCAUGUCAUCACAAGUGCUGAUGGACCGGAAAUUUCCAACGACGUGACUCUCGACCGGCACUAUACCUGCUGAAGGCUCGCGCUCAGACCCGAACACGCCCAUCCCCAACGCCCACAACCGUAGGCAGACCCCACGUUCCUUCAUUCACGAUGCAGAUACUGGCGCUCAUCCUAAUCCCCAUUGUCGAUACUUUCGUCAUGCUGGUCUCUUACAGAUUCCUAAUUCACCCGCAGCUUGUGCGCCUCAUCGGUAAUGAACACCAGCAUCUCCUUGACCGGCUCACACCUAUACAACUGCUCGACCCGCCUCCCGUCAUCAACAUCACCCAGCUCCUUACGCCGGAUCUAGUACUCGACGUAGUUCCGUACUACUCGACGCCUCCCGAAACCGACGCACGAGCAGCGGGUCCCGCAUCCUUCGAGUGGUCGUCCUUGCACGAGCAGCUAUCCCACCUCUUUUAUACAUACCAGAUGGACGUCAUUUGCCUAAUUCUCUUCGCUGUGCUCUGCAUGGAACUCAUCUGCAUCCUGAUCCGCGGCGCCCAACGACAUGCACGGGUGCGGGCGUUAUGGCGAGAGGUUCAGUAUCGCAGAGCGCUCGCAUAUGCCCGGGAGGAGGAGGAGGAGCAAGAGCCGCAGGUAGCUCGCCCUCAACCGAGCUUAGCGGGCGCACAGUCGCUGGUCGGUGAGCCCGCGCGGUCCCUGCCAUCCUAGUCGAAGGGAGACGCGGCGACAUCAACGGAGGCAACGGUUCGGGCUUGCGGCAAAGGGCAUCGCAGCCGAGGCUAAAUUCCCCCAACUCACCUACAUCAUACUACUUAU